AUGCGAUGGGCGGUGGAUAUAGCAGGGAUUGAUAUUGAGGCAGACUUGAGACAUGAGGCGAACAAAAGAAUUCCUCAAGAGCCUACCGGCCUUCAGAAAGCGCGAUGGCUCGCGCUUGACGAUCAAAAGCUAGGUAAUGGGGAACACACCGAGAUCUUAGGGAGUGUGUGGGUACCUAACCAAGCUGAGUUACAGAAGUUAUACGAUGCGCGUAUUUCGAACCCGAAGUUGCUGGAAACCCCCUUUGGCUUGCGUCAACAGCAGUUUUUUCAGGGUUCUAUGCCGAAAAGGCGAAAUGAGGGAAGCAGUAGUAUUAAUUCAAACAAUAUGCCGCUUAGCCAGGGUGCGAGCACGCAGUCUUUAGACAAGAGCUUCGAGUCGUUUAAAUGCAAGGAGAUAUGCAUUUUUUCAACCUUCUUAAACCCACAAGGCAAGCGAACGGCUGUGACUAUUGUCAUGAACCAGCCAGUCUUCAAAGGUGUCGACGUCGUGAACGCCUUUCUGAAGAAUUAUGUCAAUGCCGACGAACGCCUAUCCCAGCGGUUCUCCACCAACCCACGCCUGUACAAACUUUUCUUCGCCGAUGAAUUUACCGGGGAGGAGGAUAUGGCGGUUCAACUUGAUCUCAUCGCGCAAAAUUUUUCCUGUUACUUUGUCAAUCCCUUACCCGCGGCCAGGCUGUACUUGUUUCCGCAGCGCACCGGGCUUCUGCCAUCCACGCCAUAUGAUAUCCAUUUAACGGUACAGAUCCGUCCUUUGGACCAUCAAGGAAAGCCAAUCCAGCGAAAAUGUUUAGUCCCCGCCGAUAUGUUAGCCGAGAAUCUCGAGACGACCGUUUCGAGCCGACUUCUUUCCAGCGCGAUCGUGCAAGGGUCGCUGCGGAUUAAAUAUGGUCCGUUGGAGCUGAAUAUUAACGAAUAUUGCGAUUUUGGCCCCGGUUGUGGUCGUCCGAGUUGCCCCAUUGCGGAGCGGACGAUUCUUUCGUUAUACCGCUUUGGCGUGACGGAGGUGGUGGUGAGUGGGCGCGCUGUGGAGGACGUCGCGGGGGAAGGCCCGGUGAAGGAUUCGGACGCGAUCGCGAUCGAGAUGGACCUCAAUGAGGCCUUUUCCUUCCAACAGUUCGAGGUGAUUCGGAUUAAUCGAUAUGGCGCUCGACAACAGUGGUUGCUGUGCGUGGAUGGGGAGCACCUGUACACGGUGAAGCCGAACUCGGAUUCCAUCAAGACGGUGGAGAGGCCGAUUAAGGAUAUCGAGGAGGUGCGUGUGUUCUCGAGUAGGCCGCGGUAUAUGGAGGUCGUCUACACGCGUGCAUCACGUCUGGAAGAGGAUCACUUCGAGUGCAGUACGGCGAGCAAUUGUGCCUUUUUAAAUGAGAAAUUGCGUAUUAUUCGUCACGAAUUGCAUAAAAAACAAGAAAAGGAAAUCCAGGCCGCGGCGGCAAAAGAGCGGCAUAGCCUUAUCCAUCGUUUGUUAGAUGGAUUUAAGUCCAGGUGGUUCAUUUUUUGA